GGCCGGGCCUCCGCCGCCUCCUCCGGCGCCGCCGCCGCCCCCCCACGUGCCCCCCGGCCCCGCGCCCCGGCUGCCGGCCCUAUGGAUCGCAGUUCGAAGCGAAGGCCUGUGAAGCCCCUGGCCGCGUCCCUGCUUGAGGCGCUCGACUAUGACAGCUCCGAUGACAGCGACUUUAAAGUGGGCGAUGCUUCAGAUUCUGAAGGGAGUGGGAAUGGAAGCGAAGAUCCUUCGAAGGACAGUGGCGAAGGGUCCUGUAGCGACUCGGAGGAAAAUGUCCUGGAGGAAGAGCUCGCUGAAGAAACCAAAGUCGAGGCGGAGACGCUGAAGAGCGCUGCGGGGGAGGACACGCUCGGGGCCGAGAAGGCCCCGGGGAAGGCUGAGAAGAAGGAGGAGGAGGGGGAAGACAAGCCCCGCAAGAGAAAGGAGAAGGAGAAAGCUUCCGGGCCCCCCGCGGCCCCUGAGGAGCAGGCCAGUGAGCCCAAGAAGUGGAACCUGCGCAGGAACCGGCCCCUCCUCGACUUCGUGUCCAUGGAGGAGCUGAACGACAUGGACGACUAUGACAGUGAAGAUGACAACGACUGGCGGCCGGCCGCCGCGCGCAGGAAGGGCAAGGCCUCCUCACACCGGGAGGGCAGCGACGGUGACAAUGAGGAUGACGAGGACGACGGCAGCUGCAGCGACGACGACGAGAACGACGAGGACCACAGCAGCCCCGCCAGCGACGGGCCGGGGAAGAAGAGGAAGGGCCAGGCCCUCAGCAGGAACAGCGCCGACGAUGAGGAACUCACCAAUGAUAGCCUGACCCUUUCUCAGAGCAAGAGCAAUGAGGACUCGCUGAUUCUUGAGAAGAGCCAGAACUGGAGCGCCCAGAAAAUGGAUCACAUUCUGAUUUGCUGCGUCUGUCUCGGAGACAACAGCGAGGACGCUGACGAGAUCAUCCAGUGCGACAACUGCGGCAUCACCGUGCACGAAGGCUGCUAUGGUGUGGAUGGAGAGAGUGACUCCAUCAUGAGCUCUGCUUCCGAAAACUCCACAGAGCCGUGGUUCUGCGAUGCCUGUAAGUGUGGGGUGUCUCCCAGCUGUGAGCUAUGUCCGAACCAGGAUGGGAUCUUCAAGGAGACGGAUGCUGGCAGGUGGGUCCACAUUGUCUGCGCCCUGUAUGUCCCAGGAGUGGCUUUUGGUGACAUUGACAAGCUGCGGCCUGUGACCCUUACAGAGAUGAAUUAUUCCAAGUAUGGGGCCAAGGAAUGCAGCUUCUGUGAAGAUCCUCGCUUUGCCAGAACUGGAGUGUGCAUCAGCUGUGAUGCAGGGAUGUGCCGGGCCUAUUUCCACGUCACCUGUGCCCAAAAGGAGGGUCUGCUUUCUGAGGCCGCAGCCGAGGAGGACAUAGCUGACCCGUUUUUUGCUUAUUGCAAACAACAUGCGGACAGGCUAGACAGAAAAUGGAAGAGGAAAAACUAUUUGGCUCUGCAGUCCUACUGCAAGAUGUCUUUGCAGGAGAGGGAGAAGCAGCUGUCCCCGGAGGCCCAGGCGCGAAUCAAUGCUCGGCUGCAGCAGUAUCGGGCGAAGGCGGAGCUGGCCCGUUCCACCAGGCCUCAGGCCUGGGUGCCCCGAGAAAAGCUGCCCCGGCCUCUGACCAGCAGCGCCUCGGCCAUCCGGAAGCUGAUGCGGAAGGCCGAGCUCAUGGGCAUCAGCACGGACAUCUUCCCCGUGGACACGUCGGACACCAGCUCCAGUGUGGAUGGGCGGCGGAAGCACAAGCAGCCCGCCCUGACGGCGGACUUUGUGAAUUACUAUUUUGAGAGAAACAUGCGCAUGAUUCAGAUCCAGGAAAACAUGGCUGAGCAAAAGAACAUCAAGGAUAAGCUGGAAAAUGAGCAGGAAAAGCUGCACGUGGAGUAUAAUAAGCUGUGUGAAUCCUUAGAAGAGCUCCAGAACCUGAAUGGAAAGCUCAGAAAUGAAGGACAAGGGAUCUGGGCCUUGCUGGGCAGAAUCACGGGGCAGAAGUUGAACAUCCCAGCCAUUCUGCGAGCGCCCAAGGAGAGGAAGCCCAGCAAAAAGGAAGGCGGCGCCCAGAAGACCUCCACCCUGCCGGCCGUCCUUUAUAGCUGUGGGAUUUGCAAGAAGAACCAUGACCAGCACCUGCUCCUCCUGUGCGACACCUGUAAGCUGCAUUAUCACCUGGGCUGUCUGGAUCCGCCUCUGACCAGGAUGCCGAGGAAGACCAAGAACAGCUACUGGCAGUGCUCAGAAUGUGACCAGGCAGGGAGCAGUGACUUGGAAGCGGAUAUUGCCAUGGAAACCUUGCCAGAUGGGACCAAACGAUCACGGAGGCAGAUUAAGGAACCGGUGAAAUUUGUUCCACAAGAUGUGCCACCGGAACCCAAGAAGAUGCCAAUCAGAAACACGAGAGCCAGAGGCCGCAAGAGAAGCUUCGUCCCUGAAGAAGAAAAGCCUGAGGAAAGAGUUCCUCGGGAGAGGCGGCAGCGGCAGUCUGUGCUCCAGAAGAAGCCCAAGGCCGAGGACCUGCGGACCGAGUGCGCCACCUGCAAGGGCACGGGCGACAACGAGAACCUCGUGAGGUGUGAUGGAUGCAGACUCUGCUACCAUUUGGGCUGUUUGGACCCCCCCCUGAAAAAGUCUCCUAAGCAGACAGGCUAUGGAUGGAUAUGCCAGGAGUGUGAUUCCACGUCUUCCAAAGAGGAUGAGAAUGAAGCGGAAAGAAAGGAAGCCCCCCCGGAUCUUAGCCUAGAGCACAAACACCCGAAGAAGUAGCGGGUUCCCGCGUGGCCGGGAACGGUAGCGUGCACGUCGUAGCAGGUAGCGUCCUCGUGGUAGAUUUCAGAGAGCUCAAUAAAGCUGUGGAGAAUGGAA